UGCCCGCCGCGGCCCGCACAGCCUGCGCGAUGGCCUCGAGGAAGGAGUGGCCAUCGCGGCCGCCCCUUUCCCCGCCGAGCCCUUUCCGAGAGGUCGAGGUAAUGAAGAACACCUCUUUCUGCGAGCUCGUUCGUCCCUCCCUGUACUUUCUCCGCAUGUUCGGCGUGAUGCCCGUCGAUCUGCGAGAUGGGAGUUUUCGCUGGGCGACAUUCCGCACUGCGCACUGCUUCCUAGCGGUGGUGGUGUUUCUCCGCGCCGCCGUCCGCUGGACCAUCCGAAUACUUACACCCAACGACUCCAACAAAGCCACGGGAGCCGCGGUCACUGGUACACUGCUAGAAACGUCGCUCUUUCUGCUGGGGCCUGGGGCCGGUUCGCAACUCUCUUUCUCUCUGUGGGUGCUGCAGCCUCGCUACUUCUUCGCUCGAGAGUGA